GUUUCGCUUCUGUGAGCUUCGUGAACUAUUUCACAUACAGAGCAAAGUCAUCUUUUCCCCCUACCUCUGUCUUCCUCUCGACCCACUCCCAAGCUCUCAGCUCACCAACGCUCAAGCGACACCAACAGCGACAGUAACAGGAACCAGCAACAGCCAUAAUGCCAUUCCUUGCGAAAGAGCACUUCCCUUUGUCGAACAAAGACAUAAAUUCCUGGACCUUUGACCACAUAAAGUACGACUGGGAUGAGCCCAUCUACAUCGAUGCCCUCAAUCCCAAGCACUCGAUUUCUGCUCGACAGGCACACAAGCUCGUCCGGCAAUUAGCGGCAGGCUUCAAAGCCAUUGGGGUACAAAAAGGUGACUGUGUAUCGAUACACAGCCUGAACCAUAUCUAUUAUCCUAUAUUCUUCCUAGGUGUGAUUGCGGCGGGUGGUGUCUAUGCAGGAACAAAUCCUGCUUACACCCAGCAUGAGCUUACCCACACGACCAAGAUCGCCAAAGUCAAGUUUAUUAUGACACAGCCAGAGCUCCUGUCAGGCAUAGCGAAAGCAGCAGCGGAUAAUGGGAUACCCAAGAAGAACAUUUUGAUGUUCAAUCCUUAUGGCGAGAAGGCACCCGAAGGGUACUUACAGUGGAUCGAUCUCCUGAAACAUGGAGAGACAGAUUGGGUCCGCUUCGACGACUACAACACCGCAUAUAUGACAGGUGCAGCGAGAUUAUAUUCCUCCGGAACCACGGGUUUGCCCAAAGCAGCAGAACUCUCGCAUCUGAACCUCACAGCUCAGCAUACGUUGGUAUUCGAGACGAACCCUCGAGAAUGGAAAGUCAGACGGCUACUCGCUUUGCCCAUGUUCCAUGCCGCGACUGCGCCGGGCGCUUUCUGCACACCUUUACGAAAUGGUGAUCGAGCCUACGUGAUGCCACGCUUCGAUCUUGAAAAAUGGUUCUGGGCACAUCAGGAAUAUCAGAUUACUGAUCUUGGGGCUGUGCCUCCAAUCGUUGUCAUGGCGAUCAAUAGUCCCUUGAACAAGAAGUACAGCCUCAAGUCGGCAAGGGUUGGGCAGUGUGGAGCAGCACCGCUAGACAAAGGGCCCCAGUCAAGGAUGCAGGCUAUGAUGGGCGAAGGGGCCCCUUUUACGCAAGUUUGGGGCAUGACCGAAACGUCCUGCAUAGCCACGAGACAUGCUUAUCCAGCUCACGACACGACUGGCAGCGUUGGCUGGCCUAUUCCAAACCUGGAUGUCAAACUCGUGGAUGACGAUGGAAAGGACAUUACUGAUUACGAUGUAAGAGGCGAGAUUUGUGUGCGAGGCCCCACGGUCAUUAAAGGCUACUUCGAGAAUCCUGAGGCGAACGCACGAGACUGGGACAAGGAUAAUUUCUUCCAUACGGGAGACAUUGCUUACAUCGAUGGCAAGAGCAAGCUAUACUACAUCGUCGACCGCAAAAAAGAACUCAUCAAAGUCCGAGGUUUCCAAGUGACACCACCCGAGCUGGAAGGUACCCUGCUCAUGCACCCCGAGAUCAUCGAUGCGGCAGUGAUUGGAGUGCCGGACCCGAAACGAGAAGGAGACGAAUUACCGCGCGGGUAUAUCGUGCGAAGAACGAAGGACGGCAAGCCCACAGUCAAAGAAGUGCAGGAUUACAUGCAGGAGAAGCUUACAUACUACAAGAAGCUCGAAGGCGGCAUCGUAUUCGUCGACAGCAUACCGAAGAACGCGUCUGGCAAGAUCCUGAAGCGGCUGCUGAGAGAACAGGCCAAGGAAGAAAUGGCCAAGGAGAAGAAACAGCAAGGCGCGAAGUUAUAGAUGAAGUGGAUGAGAAGCAUAGAUGGGUGUACAGCGUUCAAGCGCGCAAUGCUGCGGUUCGAAUUGCAAGGAGUCUUGGACGAGAUAGAAAGCAGAGUUCGAGGCAUAUCAAAGCAAGUCUAUGCCUUG